UGCGAACAUAAAAAUUGACGUUUCAAUUCUAGGUUAGAAAUUUAAUUAUUUACGUGAAAAUAUUUCUGGUUUUUUUUGACAAACUUUAUGGUAAAAGCAAAACAAACAGAAUAUGUGGUCGUUUUUCUCGCGCGAUCCGUCGAAAGAUUUUAAUUUCGAAAUAGGAGAAUUAGUGCCAAGUUUAGAAGAUAAAAGCGUGUGGAAUCUGCAUAAAGGAAAAAAGAAGGGAACCAACGAGGACGUCUCUAUAUUUGUAUUCGAUCUGAAAAGUAACCCGGAAUCGCAAUUGGACGUGGUUAAAGCGGCCGUAAAGAGAUUGAAAACAUUGAGACACCCCAGCGUAUUAACUUACAUAGAUAGCUUGGAAUCGGAAAAGGUUUUGUAUUUAGCCACUGAGCAAGUAGAGCCGUUGAAAGAGCACCUUGAGAAGCUACCGUUAGAGACCCCGCAAAGCGACUUGUACAUCGCUUGGGGUUUAUUCCAGAUUACUAGAGCUCUAUCUUUCCUAAAUAACGAUGGCAACUUACGCCACAAUAACGUUAAUAUAUGGUCUGUUUUUGUGAAUUCGUCUGGAGAAUGGAAAUUAGGCGGAGUGGAAUAUGUAUCGUCUACAACCGACUCGAAUCUACCAUAUCGAGUUAUUUCAACGUUGGACGUUUACAGUCCACCCGAAAAGAAUGAACCAAUCAAACAGAAGUCAAUGACAAAAUGUUCGAGCGAUAUGUGGGGUUUAGGUUGUUUAAUUUGGGAAGUAUUCAACGGUCCGCUUUAUCAGCAAUCUUUGUUAAGGAAUCCUGACAAAAUACCAAAGCAAUUGGGUCCGUUGUAUUUCGAGCUGCUUAACAAGAACCCCUCGUCGAGGCCUAAUCCAGCCGAUAUCAUUACGAGAUGUAGGAAGUUAGGGGGCUACUUCAAAAGCGACCUGGUCGACACGUUGCUAUUUUUAGAAGAAAUCCAGAUCAAGGAUAAAAACGAGAAAAACCGGUUCUUCUCCAACCUAACGCCGCAUUUGGACAAUUUUCCGGAUAACGUUUGCAAACACAAAAUAUUGCCUCAACUGAUAACUGCAUUCGAAUACGGUGACGCCGGAUCCGCCGUAUUGGCUCCCAUGUUUAAGCUCGGAAGACUGUUGGACGAGACGGAGUAUCAAAAGAAAAUCGUUCCGUGCGUGGUUAAAUUGUUCGGCAGCAACGAUCGAGCGACUAGAUCGAGACUGUUGCAACAGCUGGAACAUUUCAUAGGCCAUUUACAAUCGAGUACAGUCAACGAUCAAAUAUUUCCGCAAGUUGCUCACGGAUUUAUGGAUACCAAUCCCACCAUUAGAGAACAGACUGUUAAAUCUGUGAUACACCUAGCACCUAAGUUAAGUUACAAUAAUCUAAACGUGGAAGUGCUCAGGCACUUCGCCAGAUUACAAGCGAAAGACGAUCAAGGCGGCAUUAGAACGAAUACUACAGUGUGCCUGGGUAAAAUAGCUCAACAUCUGCACCCUCAAAUUAGACAGAAAGUUUUGAUUUCGGCUUUUAUAAGAGCCAUGAGGGAUCCGUUUCCGCCGGCCAGGAACGCAGGUGUAUUGGCUUUAGCUGCAACUCAACAAUACUACCUACUAUCCGAAGUAUCCUCUCGGAUACUGCCGGCGCUGUGCCAGUUGACGAUGGAUCCGGAAAAAGUUGUUAGAGAUUCGGCCUUCCGAACCAUCAAGGGUUUCCUAGGAAAAUUGGAGAAGGUCUCCGAAGAUCCUAGCUUGAGGGAGAGCAUGGAGGCCGAUGUGAACACGGCUACGCCCAGUUUGAGCAACGCCGCGGCCACUUGGGCGGGUUGGGCCGUAACAGCGGUCACGGCUAAAUUCUACCGCAGCCAAUCUGACACGGUGAAAUCCAUCAACCCCGCGGGAUCGAAAAUGCUCAGUAAACCGGGAUCGUUAGAGCAACCAUCGAGCAGCAGCAUCUCGACGACGACGUCCAGCGUCACUUCGAUGACGUCGCUCGAGCACGAAGACGCCAGCAGAGGCAACGAAUCCGUCUCGGACUACGACUACAAUCAUUGGGACGAUAACGAGAAUUGGGGAGACAUCGAGACCGGCGGGCAAAUGGCGAGCAGCAGCGGCAGCGGAUGCGCCGGAAGCAGCGACCCCACCAGUCCCCCAUCCGGAUCCGGACCCGCCACCAAAGUAACCGACGGCUGGGAGAACGAGGAAUGGGGCAGUUUAGACGAAGAACCGGAACAAGAUGUCGACCUGACGUCCCCUUCGGAGGCGUGGAGUCCUUCGGGCGAUACGGCGCCGAUCCUGCCCGAUCAGAAGGCGAACAGCUCGUGGGGCGAACAGUCGCAGGCGAAUCACAGGCGCAAUCAGGCCGGUCACAACUGGGACGAUAACGAGUUCGAGCCGCUCGAAGAGAACCCGGGUUCGACGAAUGGCAAAUUGGAAGAGGCCAGGAAGAAGCGGGAGGAGAGGAAGUUGAUGAGACAGAAGGAAUUGGAGGCCAGAAGGGCUAGCAGGACGGCGACCACAGCGGGUGGUCCUAUGAAAUUGGGAGCGAAGAAAGUAUAAUGUUGAGGUAAUGGAAUGGUAUAGAAAAUUUCGUGAAUUCGACUUCCAAUGUUCCGCGAUUUGUAAACGUUACGAAACGAUAUGAAUUUGGUUCUUUACUAGUUGUUUAAUAUGAAAGUGAUGUGGUACAAAGUCCUUACUGAAACCGUUCGAGAUUCAAACGACCUAAAAAUAGCUUUUUUGCUGGUAUAAACCUAUUAAUUACAUAUAUUAUAUUAUUCGUUAUAUACAUCCAUACAAAACAAAUGAUCGAAUGGUUUUCCUUUUAUUAUAAAAAUCAAGGGGUACUUUUAUUAGGGCUAAGUAAAAUAAUAUUUUCCAAUUUACAUAAAACCUAUUAUUAUCAUGCGAUUUUAUAUCGAUUUUGAAGCUCUUACCAUUUUCGUGUCCCAUAUUAUUGUAGUUAAUACGAGACAUGUAGAUUAAAUAUAAAAAAUAUCGAAUGAUUAAAGAAAGUACUGAUCCUGAUAAAUGUAAAAUUACAUGUCGUACCUACUCGUUAAACGUUCUGCAGGUAUACUAAAUAUUUUUAAAUAAUGUACCUUUAAACUACCGUACCGUCUUCUUAAUAUUCCAAGCUUUAGGGCGUAUUCGUAAAUGGAUUUUUUAACAUCUAUGUAGCUUACGUAAGUACCUACUUUUUAAAUUUCUAACGUAUUUAACUAUAUAAAUAUAACGAAAUAAUAUACUGAUAUUUUUGUACAUAGUUAUAUUUUGUUGAUUAUUUAAUCUUUGUAUUUGAAAGUCUAUUCAAUAAAAUUUUUUAUUCUGAAAAUCAUUGCAAGAAAGUACCAAUUUUUUACAAGGCUUUUCAUACUCUGUUAUAUUAUAUGCACUAUACAAACAACUAAAAAUAAUAAAUUAAUCAAAAUAAUUAAACUAAAAAUAAUAUAAAAUAAAUACAAGGACUGUUAAUACUGGAGUUACUUUUUCGUUUUCAACUUGAAAUUUUAAUCGAAUUAAAAUCCCAGCUCAGAAAAUAUAAUUUGCUACAUUUGCGUUUAAUUCCUUCAUGUACAAGAUAUAAAAUACAUUAAAUGCAAAUUGUGUUUUCUUACAAAUACAUACGUAUAUUCUACAGCAAAACUCGGUUUUGUUUGCAACUUAACUAAGUUAAAUAUAAGAUACAAAAAAUUAAUAAAUGUUAGAAUGUUACAAAUUGGAAGAGUUAUAUGUACCAGGGUGGAUUAGAAAUUUUUAAAGAAAAUUUAUUACUAUUGCAAUAGAGUAAAUUUACUUUACUUCCUCUUCCAAAAAAAUACUUGAUGCUUAUUUAUUCGAGGAAUUUUAAUUUUCUUUAAAUUUGCUUCUUACUAUAAAAUGAAACUUUAUUCGACCUUUACAUUUUAAUAACAAAUCGAAAAGAAAAUUUUUGAAUAAACAUUUACGUAAGAAAAUAGAGAUUUCGUUUAUAUUUAAACUUACUUUAGAUAUGUUAAGUGGCAUAUAAAUUUAACAAGGUAUUAAUAAAAAAAUUAAAUACACAGUAAACCCAAGUUUACAGUUUCGAAUUAAGUAAAUUCCAAAUCUCACUAAACGCCAAUUAUUACCAAAUACUUUCAGGACCACCGAAAAACAAUUUACUCAAAACACCCUGUAUCAAAUGUACAACUAAAAAUCCUGAAAAUACCACUAUAUCCGUACAUAAAAGCUAUGUAUAGGUACAACCGAUGUAAUCGCAACCCAAUUACUUACGCUUCGUAAUUUGCAACGGACUAUCCGGCGGCGAUUCGACGGAAGCCUCCCGUUUCACGUACUUCUUCGACGGCCGCAGAUUCGUCGAAAUCCUCUUCAUCGGCCUCGGUGAUAUGCUCGAUUCGAUUUGAUUAUCGCCGCUCUGAAACCAACCCGACCUAGUCGAUUCGUUCACCGAAGCUACAACAAGAGCACAAUUUUAGAUUAACACGACGAAAACAUCCUGCGGCCUUUUACGCCGUUGGUAGUAACACACCGUAAAGUGUUCAAUGCAAACCUCUAAAUUUCUGAUCGGGCCUCUGCAGCCCUUUGGGAACGUGACCGCCGUGCGAAUCCAGCAAAACGGCGGCUAGAGAGGAAUUCGAGGAACCGUCCGCGCUGCCCGCCGACGCGAUUCCGCCGCCCGGAUAGAGCGGACACGCGGCCAACACCGGAGCGUACACUUUCGAUAUGAAUUCCUCGUAGGUCGUGUGUUUCUUGUGCUUCGUCACCACCGUGUCCAACGAGCGCGCCCU